CGUCUGUCCGUCUGUCUGUCUGUCUUUGAUGAAUGAAGGUCUCUGCCACACACCAAUCCGAUCCUCCCAAACCGCCAGCACCAUCACUCCCUCCCUCCGUGGCCUUCCUGGCCGCCAUCUCCCUCCUGCUGCUGCUGCUGGUGCUGUGUGCGGGGCGAUGCCGGUCCACCAUCGGCCUGGGAGGGUCCACCCUGCUGCAUCAUGGCCGCCUUCUGCUGAAUGGCCUGCUUCAUCCCCAGGGCGUAGUAGUGGUACGGGUGCAUGGUGGGCGACACGGCAGCUGUCGAUCCGCCGUAUGCAGCGGCAGCAGCGGCCGCGAAGGGGUGGUGCUGGUACACAGGGGGUGGGCCCGCAGACAUCUGAUAGACAGACAUACAAACAUGACAACACGCAUAGCAUAGCACAGCACAAGUCAGUCAAACUUUGUCCGUCUGCUGAUGUGAUGAGUCUCACCUGUGCAGCCUGCUGGUCUGUGCCCGCCUCGGGUAUCCGAUUUGACAGCCCCGAUGCCGGCGAAGCAGCCGCAGCCGCAGCCGCAGAAGUCGCCAUGCCGGGUGAGUGCCUCGCUGGCUGCCCCUCAGCCAUCCCACCUGCCUCCUCCCCCGCCCCACCCAGCUGCUGCUGCUGCUGCUGCACCAUGAUGUUGAACAUGUGCUGCCCACCUGCCAGGAAGGCCGCCAUGGCAGGGGUGCUGUCAUCCUGCUGCUGCUGCUGCUGCAUGGGGGAGUGGGGCUUCAUCAUCGGAGGCAUCACUGGCGGCCUCAGCAGAGGGCGGCCGGCACCUGGCGAGAACGGAAGACCGCCGGCAAUGUGGGGACGGGGGGAGGCCGCUGCUGCUGCCGCGGCCUUUUCCUGCGGUGUGGAAGGCCUCUUGCGUGUGGUGCCGUCGUGUGGGGGUGUUUGGGGGGGCAUCAUGGUGAGGAUGCGAGCCUGCUCCAUCCGCACCUGGGCCAUCUCUUGCUGCGGGCACAUUGACAGACAGCCGGGCACAUUGACAGACAGACACGUAGACAGACAGACAGACAGACAGAGAGGCGGUGAGAGGCAGGUUUGUUUCGUCUGGUGGUGAGUUGGCCGGGUGCGUGUGUCCAGUACGUACCUGUCUCUGCGCAGCGAGGUGGUCGACGGCUUGUUUGAAUGAAGCGCAGUUGUGGUGGAGCCGCUUGAGCACCACACGGUAGUCCUGCACAUACAUAGCACAGAGAGACCACACCACAUCCACCCAAAUGGGAUGGGUGUGAGAGCGACAGUGUGCAUCUCAUGGCAUCGCAUGACAUGAGGUCACUCUCACUUACCUCUAGCGUCAUUGGGUGAGUGCAGUGCACCGACACCUCAUGGCCCUCCUUGGCCACCUGGUGCACGGCCAUACACAAACAAACCACAUACAUCGCAACCGCUUUCCUCCUCCUUGCGGGCUGGGCUUACGUCGCAUGAGAUGUUGGCCUCUCUCUGCGCGACGGCCAUGAUGAAGGGGAUGGCGUGGCGGUCUUGAGCACCAGGCGCCUUGUCACGAUUCCUAUUCACCUGAUGGAUGGAUCGAUGGAUGGAUGGAUGUGCACACAGCAGUGAGGUGAUUCAGUGCAUGUGUUGCGUGUGUCUGAGAAAGAGAGAGUGUCUGUGCUCACAGCGACGAGUUGGUCGACGAGUCUGUCGAUCUGCAUGAGCUCCUGCAGCUUGGCCUUCUUCGUGUUGACCGCCUGCUGCAGCUCCAACGCCUGCAACACGUGCAUCAUGAUAUCACGACACCACACACACACACACACACACACAGACACACACACACACACAGACACACAGACACACACAGAUAACGCACGCACACGCAGCCACGCUCAGGUGGGUCUCGUGCGCCCCACUUCUUUCUUGAUUUCGACGGAUGAUCGGUCGCCGGGACUCUCGGAGAUGCCCUGAUGGAUGGAUGGAUGAGCCGAAGAACAGCCAUAUGGGCCACGGUAUACAUGCAUCGGUGCUGGGUGGGGCGUGGGUGGGGCGUUGGUGUACCUGCCAGACGAGGUAUUUGUUGGCCUUCCGCACCACCCCCAGGGCCAACAGCACAUUCAACGCAUCAUACACACGACGACUGAUGACACACAGACACACGGCAAAGACACAGCGUCAGGCGGACAAUGCAGGUGUGUAUGUCCAGUGGCAGCUUCCCUCGGCUGACCGUAUGUUCUUCUCCUCCAAAGGCCGGUCCUUUGAACUCUGCGAACCCUGCGCACGGCACACAACACAAGCCAACACGUCAAUGUCUGUCACCCAAUGAGUCGCCUCCGCUCUCUAGUUGGAAUGUUGAUCUGUACCUCCUGCAGUUCCAUGGCGACGAGUGUAUCCGCCACCUGGUUGAACGACGUCACGCCAUGCUUCUUGACCUCCUCACACACCUGAGAAUGCACCACAACACACCACAACACACCAGCGCCACACAAAGCGGAUGAUCUGAUUUGUUCUCAUGUUUUCUUCUCCUCUCACCCGCACACUGAAGUGUUUGAGUCCCUUGAUGGCCUUGCGCCCCUCCUGGUCGGUCUCCCUCUCCCUCUCCCUCUCAUCCACACGCCUCUUACUGCCGGACGAGGGCGUCAGAUGCUGAUACGCCACCGGCACGCCGCCAAGCGCAAACGGACUCACCUGUGGGGCCGCAGAGGCAGCAACCUGAGGGAUCUGUGGUGCUGCUGAUGCCGAUGCUGAUGUUGAUGCGGCACUCGCAUUGCUCUGCUGCUGCUGCAUGCUUGGAUGAGCACUGGUGGGCUGCUGUGGUGGAUGAGCGGCGGAGUUGGGCACUCCGCUGGCACCUGGAGGUGCCGAAGCACCUGGCGGUAUCAU